CCUCGGCCCUGCCUACGCCGUCUCUCUGUCCUGUCCUUUCUUCUCCAACUCCAACCUCCCCCUCUCCUCCCCUCCCCAAAUUUGGAUCAAACGAACUCGCUAAACUUAAUCUCAUUCUUAAACGCGCGGCGAACGGAAUCGGAUUUUGGGAGGGACGAGGCGUUUGGAUCCCAUUUUGGGCGGGGGCUAAUCGCGGUAAGCAGUGGGUGAUUUGGGCCGGGGUUAGGGUUUCGGAUCUGGUAAUAAUCCGGCGAUGAACGGCGAGAUGAUGAUGCGGCCUCCCAUGCCGGCGCCGUACCAGGUGUGGGCGGCGGCGCUGGCGCAGCAGCAGCAGCUCCCGCCGGUGGCGGAGGCGCCGGCGGCGGCGGGGUUCAAGCCGGCGAGGCCCGCGUGGAAGCGGGCGUCGCGGCAGCAGUCCGGGUGGAAGCAGCGCAAGGCCGCGGCCCAGGCGCAGGGGAGGUGGGGCGGGUCGGCGGCGCCGCGCAACACGACGUCGUACCUGAUCCGGGCCAAGCGGGCGGGUGGCGUGGCGUCGCUGGUGUCGCCGUGCCCCGUGACGCCCGCCGUGCUGCCGACGCCGCGGCUGUCGCCGGCGCGGGAGGUGCUGGUGGAGAUGGCCAAGGAGGCGUGGGGCGUCGACGGUUACGGCUCCAUGAAGGGCCUCAUCCGCCUCCGCCCCCAGGCCGCCGGCCCCGACGCCGGCGACGGCGACUCGGGCUCCGGCGAGAGCGACGUGGAGGAGCACGUGGAGGUGGAGCGCCGCCUCGACCACGACCUCAGCCGCUUCGAGAUGGUGCAGCUCCCCGCCGCGCCGGCAGGCGAGGACGAGGACGCCCGCGCGGCCCGGCUGGAGGAGGAGAACCUGACCCUCCGCGCGCGGCUCUUCCUGGUGGAGCGCGACAUGGCCGACCUCCGCCGCCGCCUCCUCGCCGUCGAGUCCCUCUGCCGCGACCGCCACCGCGACGGCUGCGUCGUGGACGCCGCCCUGCCUUCCCCAACCAGCGACGAGGCGGCCACCGAGGACGCCAUGGUACUCUGACGUGGCCGCCGCCGCCGGCGGCCGCCCGCACCGUGCCCUGCACAUAGCCCACCGUCCCUUCCUCCUCCUCCCCCCUGUGCAGGUGUCAACAGACAGACAGAUGUGAAAUGAAGAGUAGCCAGCAGCAUCACAAUCAGCAUCAGCAGUUGAAUUAGCAUCCUAGAACCAGUUGUUACUCUUCCUUCCUUCCUUGAAUCCCCAUAGCAGUCCGAUCUGUAGUUGUGUCAUUAGCCAGAUCCCCAUUUCGUGUCCAUGCAGUCGUAGCAGCAUUAGGAGUCAACCAAACCAAGCAAGCAAGCAAGGUGUUCAUGUAGAUGUAGCGGUUAAUCGGCGGCGUCAAUGGCGGGCACCGGCGAGGAAGACGAAGAAGACGCGGGGCGUUCCUCCAGAUCCAGUGCCUUUCAAACGCGGCAAACAACUCCAGUUAUUAGUCAGUAGUAGUAGCAUUUGUUGUGAUUCUGAACAUGUUGUUGUUCCAUUAUUGCACUGCAUUCUGUUCCA